CUUCAUGUGCACGACCGGCCCACACGGAGGGACACACACGAGAGGCGAGAUGCCCUCAAUAUAGCGAGCGGCAUCACCUCCAUCCAACACAGCGGCUCGUGAUCAAAUCCUAGCGGUGGCGUUCCUUCUCGCCCUCCUCCUCCUCCUCUUCCCACCAUAGCCACUCAACAUUGUCCGACAGCUCGCGGUGACGAGGGUCGACGACGAGUAGGGAAGCUUCACAUCGGCCGUAGAUCUUCCUCAUCAGCGUGUCGGCAACGCCAGCAAUCAUCAUCGCAUGCGAACUUUCGUGUCGCGGAGCCACGCAGCGUCACUGCUGGCUCUUCUCGACUUGAGAAUUUGCUGUCAAUAAGCGGCAGCGGCAGCAGCGGCGGCAUCAAUACCAACAGCUUUAACCACCACAGUGAAGAUCACUUCUGCUGGUGGCGAGUCUACUGCUGUUGCUAAUGUUAGUAUAUUGUGCUGCUAGUAGUAGUGUUAGUAUAUGCUGUUAGUGCUAGUAGUAGUGUUAGUAUCUGCUAGUAGUAGUGUUAGUAUCUGCUGCUAGUAGAGUUAGUAUCUGCUGUUACUGCUGGCAGCAGCGUCAGCAGCUGCCGUGUGUGCUCGGAGUUGCCUCUGAUCCGUUCGGGAGAUUUAAAUGGUGAGCAAGAUGACUUUGGCCAGAACUGCUGCCACCAUCUGCGCGGACGUGUUCUGCAUCUUCUUGGCGUUCCUGCCGGUCGCGGUGCUCUACCUGUCGGGCGCGGCGCCGUUCCAACGCGGCUUCUUCUGCGACGAUGCCACCAUCGCGUACCCGUACCGCGACAGCACCAUCAGCAGCGGCACGCUCAUGGCCGUGGGCUUCAGCCUCGCCCUGCUCAGCAUUGCGUGGGGAGAGUUCGUGAGCGUCCGCUACGGAGGGGAUCGCCCGUGCUCCUCCUCCUCCUCGUCCACCGCCACCUCCGGCCCCCCGGCGAUGUCGGGGGGAGGCCCCCUGCGGGACCCCCUCGCGGCCGCCCUCUACGCGCGCAUCGGCAGCUUCCUGCUGGGAGCCGCCCUGAGCCAGGCGCUCACCGAGACGGCCAAGUUCAGCAUCGGGCGCCUGCGGCCGCACUUCCUGGACGUGUGCCGCCCCAACGCGACGGCGCUCGGGGCCGAGUGCGCGGCCCACGUGGGCGGCACCCCCAGCUACGUGCAGGGGGAGCUGUGCACGGGGGAGCCGCACGUCAUCCGAGAAGCCAGGAAGUCGUUCUACUCGGGCCAUGCCUCCUUCUCCAUGUACACCAUGGUCUUUCUCGCCGCUCGGCACACGCUCUCGCAAAAUAUAAAUAAACACGCAGCAACUUCGACUCAAAAGCUGAAGCAGCUGCUGCUGCCGGAUGAGAGCCACGAACUCGACAAAUGAGCGACUGAGCAAGCCGGAGAGAGCAGUCGGGACGUGGUGCAGCGUCGCAAUGGAAGAGCGGGAGAACGAGAGAGAAUGAGAGAGCGAGAGAGAGCGGCGAGACGGGCUGGGUGCAGAUGCAGCACUUGCCGUAUUAAAACAUUACGUAGAAAACAGGGGGGCAUAGACAUA